AUGGCUUCCGCCUACGCCAUGCCUCCCUACCAGAGUAACACGCAUCUUCCUCCCAUUAACUACGCCCAACUCCCACCUGCCGGCCAGAACUACAUGCCCCAACAAUACCGAAAUGACCUCCCGCGUUACAGCUCUGCGCCCUCCAAUGCACCUGUCCCAUCUCCUGCUCCUGAGAACAGAUACAUGGCCCCUCAAGGCUCCAUGGGCGGUCUGCCACCGUCGUCUGCGUUGCCGCAGCCCCAUAACCCGGCGCAACAACAGCAGCAGCAGCAACAGCCACCUCCUCCACAAGGCUACCAGGGGCCACCGCAGCCGCGUCAAGCCUACCCGCAGCCUCUGGCCCCUGCACCCCCGCGUUCGGAUACUUUGGGACCCCCAUAUGGCCAGCCGGACACUCGUCAAGCCGCCUGGUCUCAGUCAGAACCCAUGCCUACCAUGACCACUGAUGUCGGGCGCGAUCCCACGCGAACGCACGUGGUGGGCUCUCAAGGACGGAGAGGUAUUCUGCCCAGCGCGCCCGGGCGCCCUCCCGUGAUGCCCAAUGGUAUCAACGGCUCGCAGAAGAGCAACGCCGUCCCUCAGAAGGAUGCUGAUGGAAAAUUCCCCUGCCCAAACUGUACCAAGACUUAUCUUCACGCGAAGCAUUUGAAGCGGCACAUGUUGAGACAUACUGGUGAUCGGCCGUACAUGUGUGUCCUCUGUAACGAUACGUUCUCUCGAAGCGAUAUCUUGAAGCGGCAUUUUCAGAAAUGCUCGGUUCGUCGUGGCAACCCGACGGGAGCGAGCCACUUGUCCAACCCUGCUGCUCAUAUCAAAAAGAACCAGCAAAAGGCAGCAACUGCCUCGCCAGCAAGUGCCACCACCCCGAACGCGGUCAUGCAAAACCCUCCAUACACCAGUGCUGCCAUGCCCAACACUUCGGCGCCGACCACCAGUGCCCCAGCCCCUGGAAUGGCCUAUCCGAUGCAACCCAAUGGUCCAGGCGACAUGCAGCGUCCGGGGCAGCCCAUGCAGCCUGGAUCUGGACCGGCCGGCAUGGACCCCAAUGCCAAUAACUCGUGGUCGAUGCACAAUGCCCGAAGUAAUCCAAUGAUGUAUCACUCCAACGCCACACCUCCUGAUCACUAUGGCAUGCAGCCCGGUGGAGGGGAGGAUAAGCGCAAUGUCAUGCCUGGCCCUCACCAUAUCGGGGAUGAGUGGAACCAUAUGUUUCCAUCAGGUGGCAAUGAGGGAUACAUGAACCCCAUGUUUGGCGGUUAUGACCAAUCCCAGAAUGAUGUCAAAAAGGAUUAUGAAACACAUGAAGGUGGAUCGAAUGGUUACUACAUUCCCUCUACGAGCCUUGGAGCUGACGGUACGCUUGGACCCCCUCUCUGGAAUCUGCAUGCAUCUCGGCAAGACUUGUUCCAAGCCAAGGUGAACUCGCUAUUAACGUUUGUCUUCCCUGGGGGGUUACAGGAAUCGCACCGAGACCCACAAAAUGAUUUUUUCAGGUCCUGCCUGACCGUCGAAGCCAUCCAGCAUUUUCUCGAUCUCUUUCCGAAUUUUCAAGGUCAUUUCCCAUGGCUUCAUUUACCGACCUUUAAUUUCCUGACCGCCUAUGACGGCCUCAUCCUUGUCAUCAUCUGCAGCGGGGCUGUGUACUCUGACCGCGUGACGCAAACUCAGGUACGGGCUUUGAUGCAACUUGUCAAGUCCGGCAUCGACCGUACAUCACAACUUCUACAUAACCUGGAGCCGGGAGUCGCAAGGAACCGGCUGUCGAUGACCGGGGAGACGGAGUUUGAAGAACUCCUCGCGCUACAAAUUUUGCAGAGCUUGUUCGUUUGGCACGGAGGGCCCGAUGAAAGAGCUCUUGCCCGUGCAGAAAGUAAACGAGUUCUGUAUCUGGUUCGACAGCUCGGCAUGUUAACUUUGGCUGGCCCAGAGGAUCAACUUAGCUACAGUUAUCUUCACAACCUUCAACCUGGUCAGACUGCCCAACCGUGGCGGUGGGAGUGGCGUUCCUGGGUGGAGCAGGAAAAGCGGUCCCGGUUGAUGUUUAUGGUCUUCUUGUGGGACGCGGCCAUGUGUAUCUACUUCAACGUGGCCCCCCAGUUCUCGUCUGCCGAGAUCAAACUACCCUUGCCUUGCGACGACGCUGCCUGGGAAGCUCCAGACGCCGAAACCUGUGCUCAAGCCCUCGGCCUCCGCGGAGCGGAUGCCCAAGCGAGGAUCAACAUCAACGGCUCGCUCCGACUGAAACAACUGGAGAUGCACCACGCCAUGAGUGCCUUGCAUAGUUCGACCGUAAUCAUGCAACCGCGAACUACCAACGUUUAUUCCAAGUUCAUCCUCAUCCACGCACUUCAUGUGGAAAUCUGGCAGGUUCAGCGCUCAAGAUUUUUCUUCGGUUCCUCGGAUUCCCCCAUGACACGUCUCAAAAAACCAAAGGUGUCACCAGAGGACGCAGAUAACACGUACAAAUCGAUCAAUUCUGCCCUUGCCCGCUGGAAACAAGCGUGGGACCAGGACUAUGCGUUACAAUAUCCUCCAGGAAGUGGCGACCACAUUCCAAAGCGUAUCGGUUUCUGCCGGGACGGCGUCCACUUUUACUGGCUCGCUCGUGCCUUUAUGCAGCCAAACCGAACCCAAGAUUGGCAGCUUUCUGCAGACGAUCGACUCCGGCAAGUGCUGCACGGGCUGAAGAAGGCCAGAGAAUGGAGCCGGACUGACGGUGCCCAACGAGGCGAAGAACCUGGCAGUGUGGCUUAUAUCGAUGACAAUUAUGCACAGGAGACCCUGGAGUUGGACAUGAAGCAACUCUUCAGACCUCUUCACACUCUUGGCGACAGCCCCAUACCCGUGGGACAAUCAUAUUCCACCGACUAUCGAUGA